UUUCUUGCGUUUUGUUGGUCACAUCAUUUUAAAUUUACUCUGCGCGAUCUUCAUGAAUGGUUUUAAAUUUACUCUUGUGCAGCAUCAUUACUUACUUUUUACUCACGCUCAAAUGCAGAUCUACACCAAAUCUAAAAUUAUUUAUUCACAAAAAAGUCUCUAUUGAUACACUACACACCUUUAUUUUCAGUUUAUUUCAUCUAAUAAAUUUGUUCAGUUUCGAAAAUUAUUGAACUAUUUUCCCAUCUAUAUUAAACAUAGUUUGGGUGAUGAUUAUAACUUGGUAUCCCGUGAGAUAACCAGCCAGGUCAAUAAAAAUUAUCCGAGAGAGUCAAAAACCAAAACCAGGACCAUAAUGGUUCAUGCAGAUCACAGCGUAUCAGGCAGUGUGGCCAAUGAAUCAGCCUCCAAAGCUAGUUCACAGCCUGGCAGGUGUUCCAGAAUAUGCCACGACAUCAUCCACUCCAGAGUGGUGUCCCUCUUCCGAGUCAGGGAACACCCCCUGGACGACACUGCCACUCUGGCCCAGAAGGCCGCUUGGAACUUCCGCUGUCCCCCACAUGGAAAAGUGGGAUGGGUGCUAACUAGAUUUGUGGGCUUCCUGAUUGGGAUGGGUGCCCUUUAUGGUCUGCUGGGUCCAGAUGAUGCCAGACCAGAAGUAUACAUCUUUGCACUAUACAUCAUCAGCCGACUGUCCGGAUUCCUUGUGUCUCUGAUGCGGUUGCCUCCCCUGUUGGGCAUGUUGGUGGCGGGGAUAGCAGUGAGUAAUCUGAGGGCCCAGUUCGACCUAAUAGAGGACGUGGAGCCGUACUGGAAGGAGGUGUUGAGGGACAUCUCCUUUAUCACCAUCCUCAUCCGAGCCGGACUCAGCCUCAACCCCAAAGGAGUGCUUGAGAUGAAGAGUGUGGUGGUUAGACUGGCCGCGUGUCCGGGAGUGAUCACGGAGGGACCGGUGGUGGCUAUGCUGGCCUACUUCCUACUUGGCCUACCAUUCCUCUGGGCACUCAUGCUCGGAUUCAUUCUAGCGGCUGUGUCUCCGGCUGUGGUGGUUCCCUCACUACUGGGCCUCCAAGCCUUCGGCUACGGGGUGGACCAAGGGGUACCGACAUUGAUCAUUGCGGCUGCGAGCAUAGACGACAUCAUCGCCAUCUCCGCUUUCUCCAUCGUGUUGAGCAUCACCUUCGGAGACCACUCCUCCGGCAUCUGGUUAGAGCUACUCCGGGCACCCCUAGAGGUCAUCUUAGGUGUGGGAGCGUCUCUGUUGGUGGGUAUUGUAUUAUGGUACGUCCCCCCUCCCGACAAGAACGAAGUGGAUUUCCAGGGAAAACCGAAACCCAAACAGCCAGACCACACCAUGGCCAGGUUUCUGAUGCUGUUCGGAAGUGGCAUUCUCUUCAUGUUCGGAGCUCGGAAGCUGCACUUGGCAGGAGCAGGUGCGCUCGGAACACUCUGCUGCGCAUUCUUCACAGGUCUGGGCUGGGACCGAAAGACAAAGGUGCCGGUGGGUAAUGCGUUCGGUCACGCAUGGAACUCGCUGAUGCCUCUGCUGUUCGGGCUCAUAGGCAGCGAGAUAGAUCUGAAGGUGCUAGCAGACCCCAAACUCAUACUCAGUUCCCUGGGAGUCAUAAGUGGAGGCCUGAUUGCCCGCUUCCUGGCGACUUUCCUCUCGGUGGCAUGUGCUGGUCUCAACAUCCGGGAGAGGGUAUUCGUGGCCAUAGCAUGGAUACCCAAGGCCACUGUCCAGGCAGCUAUGGGCAGCAUACCCCUGGAUAUAGCCAGAGAACAAUAUGAGACUGCCAAACUGAACUUUGACUCACAGCACUUUGGAAAUGUUUCUGAUUCUGCCAAUGGGACCAUAGGACAGCAGUGGCAGUCGGAUUUGGAUGAGGCGGGUGCCCACUUGGACUAUGGCAAGGUCAUCAUCACAGUGGCCGUAGUCGCAAUCCUCAUCUCAGCCCCUAUUGGUGCUAUCGGCAUAAGCGUGACCGGAAAGAAAUUGUUGCGAGUGUCGAUGAGACGCAGGAGGUCGUCCCGGAUAGUGUUGAGGAGGGACGGACACCCUCGACCUCUGCAGCUGGAGGAUGAGCUAACGCCAGAAGAAGAGCCUGACCAGCCCAGGACACUCUCUUUGGACACCCCGACUACAGUUACAACACCCAUCACUCCAAAUCACAACAAUGCACCACCUGACGACAGUCACUGCUAAAGGGGACCAAGAAAUCACAAAGAAUAACAGACCAGAGCCUGGAUAAGAGUUGGACCUGCCAAAGGGAAAAUUAAUUCCAAUAAAAUUUUAGAGUACAUAAAUUAACUGAUUAUAAAUCACUAAUAAACAAUUCAAACAGGCAACAGAAAUUUGUGAGCAAAGAUCUUUUCUUUCAUAAUUUUUCUCUUGUUUACUUAUUUUGAUAUAAUUCUUAUUUUUCUAUUUUAAAAUAGACUGCAAAAAAUUGAUAUUACAAUUCUAAUUCAAA